GUUUGACAAAAUGUUUGGACGUUUUGUUUGAUUACAAUAUGAACCCAAAUAUAGCGAAAACACUGAUUUGUAAACAAAACAUAUUGUGAUUUGCUUUUUGUCUCGAGGCGAACCUCUUGAGACCAAUUGUGGUGAUCAUCGCAAACCAUGGGUCAGGCGACCAGUCGAUGGGAUUUCUUGAAACGUCAGGAGUGGGGGUUUCCGGAGAGCACUACCGGUCCGAAGAAACCGCGACCGCCGACCCCUGGCCUUCAUUUGCCUCCCGGCGCUCACAUCCCUGACUAUAGACAAUACAAAGUGGAAAGUAUACCACAUCUGCUCGAAGUCCAGAAGAAGUUAGCCGCCAGAGGACUAAAGGAUCCGUGGCUUAGGAACGAAGUCUGGAGAUAUGACCGCAAACUGCACGGCACGAGACUGUGGAGGGCGUGGGGUCUGAUGGCACCGGGAAUGCUGUACGGGUUGGCUAUGUUUGCGGUGGUUGUGCUCUGCGAGGAGACUAUACUCAAGGAUAAGAAGGACGGCCACAGUGAGCACCAUUAGUUGUGUCUGUCAUACGAGUGACCAUUAGUUUACAAAUUUAGAGAUAAUAUUGUUUUUAAUGAGAGCUUUAGUGUGUAAUUGUAUGCAAAAUAACGUGUAUUUCAUUUAUUAGUUAAUAAAAUAUGUUUCUCCAGUUAAGUAUCAAA